UUUUCCUUUGAUGAAUCCUGCUUUUGGGUUAAAUCUUCCUUCUCUGAGUAAUCAUAGCCUAAAAAAAUGUUUUUCAAGUUCGGAAUGCGGAACCUCUUGGCUCACCGCUUCUCUCCCAGAAUCACCGCCGCCAAUGCCUCACACCGUUACCUUUACCGGAAUCCUCUCUGCACCACCGUGGAGUCACCUGACCUCCCACCGUGGCUCAAGUUCUCCGACACCCCGACCCCUUCCCACGCUGAGUUAGACGACGACUUCGUUAUCCCUUCACUAGCCAAUUGGGUCGACUCCCACAUCCUCACCUCCAAGCCCAAACUUCCCGCACAAACCUCCAAGCAAAACAGCCUCGACCAAGUGGACGCAGUAUCCACACUUCUCAAAAAACCCUAUUCUUCCCCCGAGCUAGUAGGUGAAGCACUUAAUGGACGCGGUUUUCAGCCAUCAAGCGAUUUGGUUUCGCAGGUUCUCAAGAGAUUCAGUAACUGUUGGGUCUCUGCUUUGGGGUUUUUCAAAUGGGCAAAAGCUCAAACAGGUUAUCGGCAUUCUCCCGAAGUGUACAACUUGAUGGUUGACAUACUGGGAAAGUGCAGAACCUUUGAUUUAAUGUGGGACUUGGUGAAGGAAAUGUCACAACUCGAAGGGUACGUCACAUUGGAUACAAUGAGUAAGGUAAUGAGAAGGCUUGCCAAGGCUCGCAAGCAUGAAGAUGCAAUAGAAGCAUUUCGUAGAAUGGGGUUGUUUGGUGUUAAGCAGGAUACUGCAGCGUUGAAUGUUCUCAUGGAUGCGUUGGUGAAAGGAGACAGUGUUGAACAUGCCCACAAGGUUGUUUUGGAGUUUAAGAGUAGGAUUCCUUUGAGUUCUCAUUCUUUCAAUAUUUUGAUCCAUGGGUGGUGCAAAGCAAGGAACUUUGACAAUGCCAGGAAAGCAAUGGAGGACAUGAAGGGGCAGGGGUUUGAGCCUGAUGUAUUCUCGUACACUAAUUUUAUUGAAGCUUAUUGCCACGAGAAAGAUUUCCGCAAGGUGGAUCAAGUUUUGGAGGAGAUGAGAGCAAACGGGUGCACCCCUAAUGCUGUGACUUACACUACUGUGAUGAUUAAUCUGGGGAAAGCAGGGCAAGUGAGUGAAGCUUUGGAGGUUUACGAGAAAAUGAAGAGUGAUGGAUGUUUGGCUGACACUCCAUUUUACAGCUGUUUGAUAUUCAUCCUCGGCAGAGCUGGAAGGCUAAAGGAUGCUCGCGAUGUGUUUGAAGAUAUGCCUAAGCAAGGGGUUGUGAGAGAUGUGGUGACAUACAAUACUAUGAUUUCUACUGCUUGUGCACACUCGCGGGAAGAGACUGCUCUCAGGUUGCUUAAGGAAAUGGAAGACGGAUCGUGCAAGCCGAAUGUUGAGACUUACCAUCGGUUGCUCAAGAUGUGCUGCAGAAAGAAGAGAAUGAAGGUGCUCAAGUUUUUGUUGGAUCACAUGUUGAAGAACGAUAUAAGCCUUGAUUUGGCUACUUACUCGCUCUUGGUGAGUGGUCUGUGUAAAAGUGGAAGAGUUGAGGAUGCUUACUCGUUUUUAGAGGAAAUGGUCUCGCAGGGAAUGACUCCAAAGCCCAACACUCUCAAGCUAUUGAUUGGAGAGCUUGAGUCCAAGAGCAUGUCAGAGGAGAAAGAGCGUGUUGAGAAAUUGAUGGAUCGUUUUUCUCAGAAAGGAAAUGUUUAGUGGUUUUGGCAUAAGAUGAAGUAAUUUCCAACUCAGCGAUAUCUGCUGCUCAUUUGAUCCCAUGCCAUGAUAGAAAAUGGAAACGACCUUUGCUAAUGAAUCCUAGUGUUAUUUUCACAAUAUUAUAUCUUGUGACGAUUUUGUUUUUGUUUUUCUCUUCUUAAAUGCUAGCAUAUUUUAGCAAAACUCCACAUUUUGUACAAUUAAGAAGAGGCGGAUUGACACAAUUUUAGAUAAAGUUUAUGUACUCUAUGAAUGUGAUUUA